AUGCCAGAAACCCUCAGCGUCGCGGUCUGCAUUUCGGAUGGAGUCACGCUCAGCGACUUCGUGCCUCCUAUGGAAAUACUCGCGGCCAUAAACCAAGCAGACCACCCACUCUUUGGCGCAGAACUCCGUGCAUGCAUGCCCGAGGGUGAAGACGUCCCUGUCCGCAUUUCCAUCGACUAUGUGGCUCCGGAAAAUAAGCCUGUCGUCGCCUUUCAAGGGCUCAUUUCACCAACAAUCAACCCCACGAUGACCUAUGCGGAGGCGAUGGAGAAGGGAAAACAGUUCGAUAUUUUGUGGUGUCCAGCUGGACCUCUUCCCGAUCUCGUUACAGGAGCCCACAACUUCCCUGAGGAUGAGCUGGCAUUCAUUAAGCAACAGGCGCCAAAAGCGCGGUAUCUUAUGUCUGUUUGCACCGGUGCCCAUCAGCUUGCGCUUGCUGGUGUCCUUUCUGGUAAGCGCGCCACAACAAACAAGAAGUUCUUCAAGGUUAUCGGCAACUUCUCGCCUAAAGACAUCGAGUGGGUCGCCCAUGCUCGCUGGGUUGUUGAUGGCAAUGUAUGGACUAGCUCUGGUGUCUCUGCAGGGCAAGACAUGGCACUUGCAUUUGUUGAACAUUUGACCAACGCCGCCGUUGCGCGUGUGAUGCGUGGAGUCGUUGAAGUUCACGAGGCAACACAACAGGACGAUCCGUUUGCCGCGUUCCAUGGAUUGGUGUAA